AUGAACAACGAGCAAUUCCGCCGGCUACUUCUCGACAAUAACCGAUCAUCCAAAUCAACUAGCGCGAGUCCGACCGGCUUCUCGCAUGCAGGAAAACAUGGCGCUGCUUCACCGCAAGGUGGGAGCGAUAGCGGUGGACAGACACCGAAACCAGCGCAGGCAUUGCUGGGCUCGCGGAUGCGCUCGAGCAUCCCUAUGACACCACGCACUCUGACAGCCCCUAACUUCGCAUCGCAGCUAGCCGAAUACCGACGCGAGCGCGACGGGAAGCCACCACCGAACAAAAAGUUCAAGUCUUCCGCUGCUCCCAAGGGAACGAAGCUACCAGUUGGGUAUGAAGACCGCGCCGCGGCGCGACUACGCGAGAGCGAGGACGCCAAAUCUGCUGAGCGCGAGGCGGAGUUGAAAGGACUGGAAGAGAAGUUCAAGGAGGGUCUUAUUGAUGAGGAGACGCUUACGAGGUCACGCAGGGAGCUUGGGGUUGGAGGGGACUUGAGCAGUACGCAUAUGGUUAAGGGGUUGGAUUGGGAUUUGCUGAGGAGGAUCAAAGCCGGAGAGGAUGUUGAGCGGACGAAGGAGAAGAGGGAUGAAGAGGGAGACGGAGGAGCAGCUGCUGAUGAUGAGCCCGAGAAAGAGGUAGACGUGGAUGAGGAGUUUGAUAAAGUGCUCGAGCAAAAGGGGGGUGAAUCCCUGCCGUCUGCGCCGAAAGGAAAGGAGAAGAAAAGGGGAAAUAUGGCGCCGCCGCCAGCGCCUACUCAAACUCAGAGAAAGACGCGCGAUGAGAUUCUACGAGAACUGAAAGCGAGCAGGGCGGCUGCUUCUGCCCCUGCAGCUGCCCAAGCGCCAGAAUCCGUUCUCGGUGCGCGGUUCAAGAAGAUUGGGGAUACGAAGCCAGAGAAGAAGCGGUUCAUCGAGCAGGACGAGAACGGCCGGCGAAGGGAAGUCCUCCUGAUUACGGACGCGGAUGGCAAGACGAAGAGGAAAACCAGAUGGCUGGAUAAAGCGGGGACCACGGCGCCUGCCACAGCCACAGCCACCGCUGGCGAUCCCGUCUCGGAGAAGGAGAAGGAAUCCAAGCCAAAACCUCUAGGAAUGGAAGUGCCGGCCGACGUUGCCGCCAAGAUCAAAGCCGCCCAGACUGCGGAAGAAGAAGACGAUGAUAUCUUCGAAGGCGUGGGUGCUGACUACAAUCCUCUGGGCGGUGACGGGUCAGAGGAUUCAUCCGAAUCGGAUGAGGAAGAAGGCGACGUGGCAGCUGAAGUGAAGUCACGGCAGGAACUCGGGAAGGAAAAGACAACGGAAGAACCAACCAUGGAGGCGGCCAGAACAGAGCCGGCAAGACCGCGGAACUAUUUCGCAACGGGCAGUACAGGGAAGGAAGCAGAGCAAGUGGAGAGUGACCGUCAUCGCACCAACCCGCUAACCAAGGACCCGACCAUCCUUGCCGCGCUCAAGAGGGCCGCUGCCUUACGACAAGCUGCUGAGGGGUCGGAUCACAUUGCCGACGACGAAGAAGGCGUGGACAAAGAAACGCUCCUCCGACGUAAGAGGUUCCUUGAGGAAGCGCAGCGCCGCGAAGCGCUCGACGCCAUGGACUUGGACUACGGUUUUGGAGGCAGUAGGAUUGAGGAUGACGAGGAUGACGAGGGGAUAGUCCUAGAAUCAGAGCGAGGCGGGAACAAGAGGAAGCGUGGUCCCAAGAAGAGAAAGGGGAAUAAGGACAGUGCGGCAGACGUGCUGGGGGUGCUGGAAGGCCGGAAGAACAAGUGA